AUGGAGGUUGAGGAUUUGGUGAAAGGUAACCAAUUGUCAAGAGCACAAAAGUCAGUGACAUGUUCUAAGUGUAACAAAAGUGGGCAUAAUGCAAGGACUUGCAAGGGACAGAAGGCUGGUGGUUCUCAAACUUCAAGGAAUGUUGGUGGAUCACAAACUUCAAGGAAUGUUGGUAGUGCUGGAAGUGCAAAAGUGAAGGCUGGUGGAUCACAAACUUCAAGGAAUGUUGGAAGUGAUGGAAGUGCAAGAGUGAAGGCUGGUGGAUCACAAACUUCAAGGAAUGUUGGUGGUGUUGGAAGUGCAAAAGUGAAGGAUGGAAGUGCAAAAGUGAAGGCAGGUGUUAGCAAAAAAGGGAAAGGUGUCCCAUAA